AUAUCUUACCGUAAAAAAAAAAAACUCAACAAUCUCUCUCCUAUUUCUCUCUUCAAAUCUCUUCUCGCUCACUCCCUCCCUCUUCCUUAAUCGCGAUCCAUCACUUCAAAAUCACCCCAAUCGAAUUCACGCUAUUCCGUUCAUAGAUUUUCUCUCUAACAUUCGAUCCGCAUAUUUCAUAUUUACAAUUUCAAAACCCUAGUUUUCUUUUCCCUUUCCAUUACUUUUAAAUUUUUCUAUGGCGCAAACCCUCAAUAAUUAUUGUCCCUUAGUUUUUCAUCGGAACUAAAUUUCUCGGGUAUUCCGCAAGUUAUAUUUUGUUUUGAAUUGAAUCUCUAUCUCCCGUGAAUCUGUUUUCUGAUUUUUGCUCAAAGGGGCGAUGAUGUGUAUAUAUCAAUCUUUACGUUUCUUUCGGGAAUUUCAUUGAAGGAGAGAGUGGAUUUUUCAACUUUUUAGGGUGGUGGAUAUCGCUCGAUUUUCUAAAAGGUGGAAGCUUGGGAGGGUUUUGGAUGGUGGGUCUUGUUGUUGAUUGAGCUGGAUCAGUGAGUGAGAUUACUUCUGUUUGUUUAUAUUGGUUUUAGGUUUUAGGUUUUGAUCUUUGGAGAUUUUCAUAUUAGGGUUUUUAGAAAUGGAUGAUGAAUAAGUAUUUGGGAUCAGAAAUAUUUGGUCAAAUAUAAUUAUCAACAAGAGUAUGAACAUAUGCUAUGAAUUCUGUAAUUGAUAAUUGAUGAUGACUAGUGAUCUCUGUGGGUUGUAGUAAAACUCUGCAUUGUUCAUCGAUUGGAAAUAUUUGACAAUUGGUUAUCUACUUUGUUUAGCAUAAGUAUUGUGUAGAGGGAGCAAAAUGAGCUUAGCAAACGAAGAUCAGAGCAUGUUGGAUCAGACAGCUCAGAUUGAAUUGCAAAAGAAGUUGAAAAUUUCAUACACAAGGGAGUUUUUGUUAUCGUUUAGUGGUUUGGAUGUAUGCAAAGAGUUUCCAAGUGGGUUUGAUCGAUCACUUUUAAGUGAAUUUGAAGACGCUUCACUGGAUCGACAGAGAAGUACAGGUGCUCUGUCAUCGCAUAGUUUCAGGCGCAAUGAGUAUAGUUCAUCCCCUCCAACCAGAGGGGAUAUGAAUACCUUUUCACGGGGAACCCUUGGAAAAUGGGAUUCUCGCUCUUCUGGACGUUCUGACAGAGACAGUGAUUCUCAAUCUGAAUGGGACUCAGAUUCCGCAAAACGAUUUGGCAACCAGUCUCGCAGAACUUUGCAAGGUCCUGAGCAUGAUGGACUUCUAGGCAGUGGUUCUUUUCCAAGACCCCCUGGGUAUGCACCUGGGUCGUCUGCUCCUAAGUAUCGAGCUAAUGACAAUUUCCAGUCGAAUCGGUCUAACGAGCCUUAUCAUCCUCCUCGCCCUUAUAAGGCACCUCACUCACGUAGAGAAACUCACGAUUCUUUCAAUGAUGAAACGUUUGGUUCUUUGGAGUGUACAAAUGAGGACAGGGCAGAAGAGGAAAGAAAGAGAAGAGCGUCUUUCGAAUUAAUGAGAAAAGAGCAAACAGAAAAGCUUAAGAUGAACCCAGACAAGAAUAAAGUGGAUUUUGACAUUUCUUCACUCCUUGACGAUGAUACAAAAAAGCUAGUUGCUCGAAACAAUGAGCCAGUGGAGCCUCCUUUGACUUUAGCAGCUCUAAGCAAUGAUGAGAAAUCUUCUUCCCUUUCACAUGCGUCAGCAAGACCACUUGUACCCCCUGGUUUUGCAAGCACAGUGUUGGAAAGGAAUACGGGUACCAAAAUUUCCUCUAACACUUAUGCAGCAGAGGUGGGGCAGCCUGAGCCUGGAGAAACCAGAGGUAGCCGUGUAUUCAGUAUAAAUCCUGAAAAUAAAGAAGGAAAACUAUCAACCAAGAAAGCGGAUAACAUUGAACAGAAUCUUCAAAGUGCAGAUAUAAAUGUUUCAAUCAACAAUGAGAAAGAAAAUAUUUUAAAUUUAUCGUCUUCUGUGGAUACCCCCAACACUAAAAUUGGAAUCAGUGAUCGACUAAGAAAGAGAUCUGCUCUUUCAGAAGCCUUGGAAGCACCAGAUGACAGUAAAUUUAUUCAACUUAAUGCUGAAGUAAAAGGAAAGGAGGCUGUAGUAGCCUUCAAUCCUGAGAAAUCAGAUUCUAUCUUAUACAAGCUUUUUGGUAAUGCUUCAACGCUAACCAGUGGGAAAUCAACUAGUAUUGUUGAGCAGCCUGAUCACAAAGCAGAUGAGACAUGGAGUCCACAUGCCUACCAAUCUUCGAAGCUUCCUCAUUGGUUUGCUGAAGAAGAAAAGAAUUCGGUCGAUGACUUGAUCCCUAGGCCAAACGACUUGCUCUCACUUAUUGUUGGUGGUGAAAAGGGUGGGCUGCAGGUUUCCAAUGUAGAGACAACCCAUCAAGUUGCAGCUAAUUUUACUUUCCAAAAUCCUGAACCUGCUAGUGAGCAUGUGACAACAAAUGUAACACAUACUACUAUUGUUAACUCCGACCUAUCAUACAAGAGUGGUAAACCUGAGACAUUACCAGCAGUUCUUACAUGUGAAGAUCUUGAACAGUCAAUUCUAUCACAAGUUAGUGAAAAUGGUUCGUCAUCUCAGCAGCUCUUGCAGGACAAUAAUUUUGGUGCAAAGACUGAGCAGCCCGCUUCAAUUGAUAAUCAUGCAUCCGAGCACCUCCUAUCUUUGUUACAGAAAGCAUCCUCACAUAAAGAUAUGGAACUAUCAUCUGUUCUAGAUACUACUGACAUGGCGCACAACACUAAAGGAGUAAAUACUGGCAACCUUCUUGAUAAUCCAGAGGAAGUAAGUGCAGAUACUUCUAAUUCAUCAAAAACAUUGACACUGGAAACACUUUUUGGAUCAGCUUUUAUGAAGGAGUUGCAAUCAGUUGGAGCACCCCUUUCUGUUCAAAGAAGUUCAAUUGGAUCUGCAGGGGCUGAUGUUUCAGAGUCUCUUCUGUUUCCUUUCCCUAACUCAGACAAUGUUCAUCCUCCUACUGGGGAGCUUACAAUGAACAGGCAUGGAAGCAGUGUCUUUCCAUCAGAAAAAACUCAUCAACCCAAAUCAAACAGAUUUGACGAGCAGUGGUUAGGUUAUGGUGAUUCUCAGGGAGAUGUUAAUUCAUCGCUACUUCAAAGUGAUAUUUCCAAGGCUAGGGGUUUCAAUAGGUCUCAUGAUAUUCGCCUCCCUGAAGAAGAUAGCUUGAUUACUCUCGGUGAUCCUCUGCAAACCUUUUUAUCUGUUGGAAAUUCAGCUAAAACAGAUUUGUCUCAAGACACACCUGCCAAUAUUACUAGAAAACUGGCAGCUCUGAAUCCUGCAUUUAGAGAUGAGCGACUGAUGAUGAGAAGUCAAGAAGGUCAAGCAUAUCCUCGUGGUCAAUAUGAUAUAAGGGAACCUGGUAUUCCAUAUCAAAAUCUUAAUGUCCAACGACCUCCACAGCUCCAACCCCCUCAGUUGAAUCACAUUGGUCCAAUGUUCAAUCAAUUGGAUUCACAUCCUCCUCAUAUUAGUUCUUAUAUGAAGCUUGCGACUCCUGAUGGCAUGGUUCAUCACGACUCUCCGGUCAACCGGCAAUUUCCGGGAAAUAUGCUUCGUCCUCCUUUCCAUCAACCAAGUGGUGGGGUAACUGGGUUUGAUCCUCCUGCUCAACACCCUCUGUUACAACAGAUGCAUAUGCAAGGGAACCUUCCUCCGUCUCAUUUAUUAAGAGGUUUCCCAAGGGGUGCCGCUAUGCCCCCUCAUCCCAGUAAUCCGAUGACUGGUAUUAUGCAGGAACCAAAUCCAAUGCAAGGCUUCCCAUUUAGUGGCCAGCAGCAUCCUAGUUUAGGUGGCCCCGGAAUGCAGUUGCAAGCUCCCGGGGUUGCUGGUGGAAGGAGUCAUCCAGAAGCACUUCAGAGGCUUUUCGAGAUGGAGCUUAGGUCAAACUCAAAGCCAAUUCAUACUUCAGGGCAAAACCAGGGGAUGUAUGGUCAUGAGCUAGACUUGGGUUUUGGCUAUAGAUAGUGUAUUAUCAUUGUUGAUGUGUAUACUAGAUUGUAUUCACCAAGUUGCUGUUCUAUAACACUCCUGCAUGAAAGAUGAUGGGUUUACUGUGGUGUUUUUCUUUGGGAAAAUUAACUUUGUUGUAAUUAAUGAAUUCUCUUCAAUUUGCAUCUUACUGGAAUUUCAAUUUGCCUUAA